AUGUUUCCUGCCCAACUAAAAUUAAUUCGAGAUCUUGAUGCAAAUAUGAUAGAACCAUUAGAGAAAGCAUUACAUCGAAAUUCAACAGAAUUUGAAGAAUUUCCCGAACCGCAUAUCACUUCUACGGAUCCGCGUGAAAGAAAAUUGGCACGAAGAUUACGUAUAUUGCGUCGAUUGGAAGCUAUACGCAAAUCACAUUUACCACCUGGCGAAAUAGUACCCGAAGAAGUGAAACAAACAAUUGUUGAAAAACAAAUCGAUGAAAGUUGGGAUAAAUUACAAAAGAAAAUUUUUAUUGGCGAUGAGUACAUUACAAAUAUACGUAUCGCUAACGAAAGUCGUGAAGUACAACGUCGUAAGGAACUUAUUGCCGAGCAAAAACGUAUAUCAUCAAAAUUGGAGGCAGAAGGACGAAUUGCUGAGGAAAUGUUUCAUAAAUUAUCUGAAGGAUGGCCUGAAUUGACAAUAUCUAAUGAUCCAUUGUACAUAGACAAUGGAUUAGCGCAACAGAAAUUAAAGUGUGAUGAAUUAUUAAAGCGAAAAAAUGAUUUGCUGGAAAUGUUAGACUAUGAGCUCAAAUUUAAAGAUACCCGGUACACGCAAGAUGAGAUAUGUAUGCGACAAGAUAUUCGAACAAUGGCAGAUCGUAUUGAUCGUCAAGCAUUAUUAAUGCGUAAAUCAUUCCAACAUGAGCUAGCGUUAAUCGAAGAAGCGAUAGUCCAAGAACGUGUGGAAGUAAUGGAAGCACAUAAAAAACGUUUAGAUGAUUUAAUUGAAAUGCGCGAUGAAACCGAAGCUGAAAAUCUAGUGAUAAAAAUGAAAAAAUUAGAUGAACAUGAAACCGAAAUGUAUCGAUUGCUACAAAAACAUCAAGAGAUAUUUCGUGAAGUACGAAUCCAUUUGGAUAAUGAUAUUGAAAAUUUACAAAAAGAAUUACAAAAUUUACGUGCGCUAUGUUUAAUAAAUAGUGAAACAAUGGAUUAUAAUUAUCAAAUAUUAAAACGUCGUGAAGAAGAAAAUAUUCUUGUAAAAUCAACGCAACAGCGUAAAAUUAAUAAAUUACAAGACGUAGUGAAUCAAAUCCGAAAAAAAAUUGAACAUUUCACAAAAGAAUCAAAUAUUGAAGUACAAAAAUUAACUGAGGAUGUGAUUAAAUUAAAUUCGAACAUAAUUGAAGUUGAACGAAAAGAUGAACAUUUUUCACGUGCCAAUGAUCGUAAAUAUCGUGAAAUAUGGAAUAUGAAUACAAAUGAGGCAACCGAAUUAUUGAAAAAAAUUUUGAAUAUUGAUCAAAUUAUUCAUGAACAACAAUUAGGGCUUCCGUGGAAAGCACCCGAAACGCCAGCUAUGAUUGAUUUACUUAACGAACGUGAUAACGAAAGUAAAGAAAGCGAGAUAAUUUCAAAAGAUGAAAAACAUUCAGAUGAUAUAAAAGAUGAUACAGCAAAAUCAGCAUUAUUAGCCCGAAUGUUACGCCUAUUAGCAACAAGGACUGAAAAUUUAAUUGAAGAUCGAUUAAAAACACUACUUGCGCCAUAUUCUGAUAACGAUACAAAAAUUAUCAAUUUGGAUAAUGUUUUUGCUGCAUUACAUAUCCAUACAGAAAACGAUAUGAAUACUUUACUGGAAUAUUUUUUACCCUACACAUAUUGUCCAGUAUGUAUUAAGGAUAAUAUUGUUGCCGAAAGUGUUUCUACUGAAAGUGAAGAAUAUAUUUUAGAUGACCAAAUAGUUCCAGACAGUUCAUUACCUCAAACGGAACAAACCAAAAAAGUUGUCCAUGUAAAAAGGUCUUCUAAAGAUAAAGGAUCUAUACCGGAAAAAACAAGCAAAUUAUUAAUGGCAAUUGAACCUUCACCAAAUUUAGUAAACGAGGUGCUUAAUGCGUUCACGGAUGAAUCAAAACCUAGAGAUUCACAAAUUAUAAGCAACAUACUUUCAUUAAGCAGCAAAGCUUCAUCAGCUGGUUCAUCUUCAACAAAGAGAGAUUUGUCACCUGAAGAUAAAAAACAGAAGAUAGUAAAAUCACAAAGCUUCAAAGACUAUAAAACAAAAUAUCAUUGCGAAAAGAAUCACAUACUUGCUAUACGACCAUGUUAUAUAAUUCGUGCCAUAAAGGAUUUCUCCAUAAUGUUUAACUCCAGAAAGGAUAAGGAAUUCGUAACAAUUGAAUCACGCUUAAAUAGAAAGUCAAGUGCGAUUUCACGAAAUAUUUCGCAAGAAGAUGUGGCUGCAUAUUGGGAAAGAUAUCGUAACGUAUUUAGUGAUAAGAAGGAACAAAUUUGGGAUGCACUGUUAAUUGGCUUAAAUAAAUAUCACACGAUAUUAAAAGAUCGUAAACAAUUAUGUUCCGAAGUUUUGGGAUUACGUAAACAAAAUGCAGAAUUACGACAACUCUUACAUAAUUUAUCGGAUUAUAGUGAUUUUAAAUUUCUACCACCAUUAGACGAUACAACAUUCCCCCCACAAUCGUCUGCACCAAGUAGUGGUUUCACUGUAAUUUUCUUAAAAUAUAAAGUGGAUACAUAA